GCCGCUGCCUGGUCACGUGACGCCCGCCGGCGGCCGUCAGCUGAUCGAAAUGAUCAGAUUUCAGCUGCGCUGCGCUUCAUAACACAGUGUGAACCCGACCAGAGUCUGUGAAUUAAUGUCUGAAUCGUUGACACGUUGCACGUGGCUUCGUGCUAAAUCUCUGUGAUGGAAGCGGAGGGUCAGCUGCUCCUCUGGGCGAAGGAGGGAAGGUGUUCUGAUAUUCGCAGGCUCCUCCAGUGCAGAAUUGAGCAAAGCAGCUCUCUCGACGUUAACUGCAGAUCCACAUCCAAAGACAGCCCCGGAUGGACGCCUCUCCAUCUGGCCUGCUGCUCCGGACACGGUGAUGUUGUGCAAGAGUUACUCAAGGCGGGUGCUGGUGUGAAUCUGCAGAGUAACAUGGGGGACACGCCUUUACACCUGGCCGCCCACGCUGGAAGGAAGGAGGUGGUCCUGCUGCUGCUGCGAUACGACGCCUGUGCCAAAAUAAUCAAUGGGACCGCUCAGAUCCCCAAAGAUGUCACCGAGGAUGAUGAAAUCAUUACAAUGCUAGAGGCGGCGGAGAGGAGGGAGACGAGGCGGCGCGAGGAGAAGCUGCUGGAAGCAGCCAGGGAGGGUUACAUCUCCGCUCUGUCCGACCUGCUCGGUGGAAAGGAAGCUCCGGACGUUCACUGCAGGGACGCGGUGGGUAACACGCCCUUGCACUGUGCAGCCUACAGGGGGCAGAAGCAGUGCGUUAUCAAACUGCUGAGGUCUGGAGCCAGUCCCUGUGUGAAGAAUAACAGUGGCCAGACCGCUUUGGACCUGGUCCAGACUGAGGAGCUGAGACAUUUUCUAGCAGCCUAUGACGACAAGGUUGUCAGGAGUGGGGUGCAGAAAGUAGAAGGCGCUCUUUGGAAGAGUUCACGCUUCCUGGGAUGGCGAUCCCACUGGGUGGUACUGGAGGAUGGAGCCGUCUCCUGGUUCCCCAGAGAGGCGGAUGCUGUGGCUGGUGUCAGAAAGCAGGGCUCCAAGUCUCUGACCCAGUCCUACUGCAUGGUGAAGCCGUGGGAUCACUGCUUCUUCAUGCUCAGGUGCUUCGAUGGCACCGUCCAUAGUUUCAAGGUUCCCUCGAAGACGGAUUCCAUAGCAACGAGAAAAAAAUGGCUGGACGCCUUCGAGGCCCAUUCAUCCUACAGCACGCGCCACUCCAUCCGGGAACGGAACAGAGAAGAGGACGGUGGUAAUGACGUGACACUGGGGAACCUGGCGCACGCUCUUCAGGCAGCCAGCGCCUGCCAGCAGAAGCUGGAGAGGGAGGUUUCAAUAUUUCUGUCUAUGGUGAAGAAUGAGGAGAACGUUGCACUGGCCGCUCCUCUUCUCCUUAAAGCCAGAGAGACCAGUGAGCUGUCGGCCGAAGCUUGCGCUUCCCUCCAUCUGGGCCUCGAACUGCUGUCGAAACAAGAGGAGGUGUGGGGCCUGAAAGUAGAGCAGGAGGUGGAGAAGAACAGGGCUCUGACGGAGGCGCUGCAGACACUGGCAACCGAGCACCACGAGCUCAAGCAGUCGCUGAAUAAGAGCAGGAGGUUGUCUACGCUCAGUUCCCUCACGGAAGAUGACUUCUAUGACGCGCUGUCAGAGUCCGAGUCGGAGCUGUCUGUGAGCGGCUUCCUGUCCGUGGCCAGUCUAUCCUGCGACGAGGACGAGGGGAGAGACGCUCCGCUCCUCAGCAGCAGCAGCAGCAGCAGCAGCCGCCGCCAUCCCAGCGCGCUCGGGGGGCCCGCCGGAAUGUCAGGGGAAGGUAACCAUGGCAACCAGUCAUCCCAGCACAACGGAGUCAGGAAGCACAGAACGUCUCUACCUGCUCCCAUGUUCUCCAGAAAGGACGUCAGCAUCUGGAGCAUCCUGAAAAAAUGCAUCGGCAUGGAGCUGUCGAAGAUCGCCAUGCCUGUGAUCUUUAACGAGCCCCUGAGCUUCCUGCAGCGGCUGACCGAGUACAUGGAGCACACCUACCUCAUCCACCAGGCCAACGCUGCGACAGACUCCGUUGAGAGGAUGAAGUGCGUUGCAGCAUUUGCCGUGUCAGCCGUAGCAUCGCAGUGGGAGAGGACCGGGAAGCCCUUUAACCCUCUACUGGGGGAGACCUAUGAGCUCAUCAGAGACGAUCUGGGCUUUAGGUGGGUGUCGGAGCAGGUGAGCCACCACCCUCCCGUCAGUGCCUUUCAUGCCGAGGGCCUCAAGGAUGAUUUUGUCUUCCAUGGUUCCAUCUAUCCUAAACUCAAGUUCUGGGGAAAGAGCAUAGAAGCGGAGCCCAAGGGAAUCAUGACGCUGGAGCUCCCAAAAUACGACGAAGCCUACACCUGGACAAACCCAACCUGCUGCGUGCACAAUAUCAUCGUCGGGCAGCUCUGGAUCGAGCAGUACGGCAACGUGGAAGUGAUCAACCACAAGACCGGAGAGAGAUGCAUCAUGACGUUCAAGCCCUGUGGCCUCUUUGGGAAGGAGCUCCAUAAAGUGGAAGGGUACAUCUUGGAUAAAAGCAAAAAGAAGCUCUGUGCCAUAUACGGCAAAUGGACAGAAUGCCUGUACACAGUCGACCCCGCUGCCUUUGACGCCCACAAGAAGAACUCGGACGACAGGAAGGGCAGUAAACAGAGCAGCGUAGACGAGGAGCCGGAGGAGAGGCCUCCACCUGAUGCGGAGAGCGUCCAGGUCAUCGCCGGCAGCGAGCUCAUCUGGAGGAUAACGCCCCGACCAGACAACUCGGCCAAGUUCUAUGCGUUCUCCACCUUCGCCAUGCAGCUGAAUGAGCUGGAGAAAAGCAUGGAGGGAGUCGUUCCCCUCACAGACAGCCGCCUCCGACCUGACAUCAGAGCCAUGGAGAAUGGAGACAUAGAUUUGGCGAGCGCGGAGAAGAAGAGGCUCGAGGAAAAACAGAGGAUGGCUCGGAAGAAUCGCUCCAAGGCGACCGAGGAGUGGAAAACGCGAAACGCUGCACUUGGCCCAAGGUGGUUCCAGGCAGGGCCCAACCCUCACAACAAAGCUCAGGACUGGCUCUACUUGAAAGGCUACUGGAACAGGAACUACAGCCAGCUGCCCGACAUCUACUAGAAACACACAUCCCACACCGCUUCCUGCUUUCAGCACUGCUGGACUUUACUUUGGCGUCUUCUGAGUUUGUCCAAGUCUCAUAGCUCCUAUUUACAUCAAGUAGGUGGUGUGUAGGGUUCAGCUUGACAGAAAUCUACCCAAAACGAAUGAAUGAACCUACAGUAGACCUAUAUGAACAAUAAAGCACAGAAGCUCAUUUAAACGCCAUCAUAGUCAUGUACUGGCAAAACUAGAAUGUAAUUUAGAAAUAGUUCCUGCUAGAUCGAGUGUUUGAGCAGCAAUUUACUUAUUUCUACCGGUUAUGCAAAUGUUUCAGUUUAAUCCGCUUUGGUGCAGAGACGCGAAGCAACACUACACAUUGCAGCAGCUAUAAUGAGGAGCGAGGAAACGUUUAGGUCCCACACGAAUUCUGCUUGUGCAUGAAAAGUGCAAUGCAGGGUAUUAAAACACACCCAUGAGGUGCAGUGCACUUCAACAGGUAGUUCCCACUGUAGGUGGCGCUUCAACGAGACGGAGGUCUCUUUGGUAAAAUAAAGUCCAGAAAUAUAAUUGAGCCCUAAAUUGUGUAAUGUAUAAAUGUGAAUAGACCAUGUUGUCUACCUGGUAGUGUAGACAGUGUAGCACUUUUUUCUAGCUAUAUUGAAGUGUGUGUGCGUGUAAAGGUUUGGACAUAGUUAAUUAGCUGUAUUUCUGGUAUAUGCAUUGGUCUAAUUCUAAUUAAUGCAUGUGUAUCACUGUAUCUAUGCAAACCUCACCACCUUCGUAAACGAGCGUUGAAUAUUCAUGUUGUGGAUCGCUGCCGUUUCAGUCCUCGUCAUCUUUCGUAUCCAAGGAACGUAAUUUCUAUUGUUGCUAAAUAAAAGCUUACUGUUA